UGUUUUAUCAUAUAAAAGGACUAUAAAAGCAAACACUAUUCAUUAGUGUAUUGACACCUUCCCCUCUUAUUUAUCAAUUUAGACCAUGCGUCGGUUCAACACUUUGGCGGCAACGCAGGUUUCUUCUUUCACGAAACUUUACCCUUCUUUUGCUGUCAGUUCAAAUUCCCGUCAAUUCCACAGUGCGUUCAGCCUAUUAGGAUCCUGUAUUAUGUGCGUAGCCUGUAUGCUGUGUUUUGCAAGCUGGGGUAAUAAUAUCCGCAAUCUCCAAAAGUAUGGUAGGUGGCGUUUUAGAAACACCCUUGACGAUGUGUUCAUAGUAUCUGAUUUCAAAAAUGCGCGCUAUGCAGGUGCGUUUUUUGGGUUUCUUUUCUGGUGGUUUGUAGUGGGUCCUCAGAAGUACCGUUGGGAUAGCAAUUUGGAGCAAGUUCCAGGUAAUACGCGCAUUGGGCCUUUUUGAAGCUAAACAAAAAAAAUAGAUCCCUAUCAUAUAUUGUGUAAAUUAGCCCAAUGAGCCUUAAUGAAUAUAUAGAAAUUGAUCAAAAAUAAGGAAUAUACUAUACUUUUUUCGCUUUUGAUUUUCAUAAUAAUGCUUUUUUCCUACUUAAUAAAUUGCAGUAUUUAGUAUUAAUAAGAGUAGUAGUGGGAGGUUGUAGCAAUUGCAUGUAUUGAGUAUGCAUCUCUUUUUAGUAUGAAAAGUCCUUCAGGAAAAGAGAGUCUAUUUUUUAGUACUUUAAAAAGGGUUUAUUACCCUUCUUGUACUUAUUAUUUUCUUUAAUACAAUUUUUGGUAUACGCUUCAUCUAUCGCAACAGUGUAAGUCGUAUGUUUAUCCAAUGAAAAGUCAAAGCUCAAUGAAAGAAAA